CAAGUGUACGCAGUGAGCGGUAGGAAGACUUAACACGUGAAUGUUGACCCGAUGCUCAGUGGUGUUUCGAAUUCAGAAUAAAACAGCUCGGGUACCAAAAUGAAGACAAUGGCAAAGUCCCUCGUCUUGUGGACUGUUUUGUUUUUCAGUGCAUUUUUCACGAUUUUGGGCUUGCUCCCACAGAGAGCCCGGACAAGAUACACCAGGCCGGGCGAUUUCGUGAUAGGUGGCCUGUUCCCGAUGUAUUACUCCAGGUACGGCGUCUGUGACUGGGGUGUGUUGAGGGAGUACCUAGAACAAUCCGAACUGAUGAUUUUUGCCAUAGAGCAGAUCAACAACCGCUCGGACCUGCUGCCUAAUGUCACCCUGGGCUUUGACAUCCGCGACUACUGCGGAGACGAGUCGAUCGUGGCGUCCCAAGCCCUCUCCAUGGUGGGGGUGAUCGAAUCGGAGGACGGCGCAUCCGCCCCGCCCGGCACGGGGCAGUUCAUCGGAAUCCUCGGCGCCGCUGGAAGCACGUCAAACAUUGCAACGGCUUUGGUCACAACCGUCUAUGAGAUUCCCGUCGUGGCGUACAAGGGUUCGACAAGCGAGCUGAGUAACAAACGCCGGUUCCCUUACUUUCUGCGCACGUGGCCCUCUGCCAAUCUGCAGGUCGGGGCGAUCGUUGAUAUCCUCUUGGAAUUCAACUGGUCUUAUGUUGGUCUGAUAUACUCCGUGAACAGCUACGGCAUACACGGUGCACAGGAGAUCCAGAGUCUCGCAGAGAAGAGCGGCAUCUGCCUGGCCUAUUCUCUGCCCAUUCGUGAUCGAGCAACUGAGAACGAGAUCCAGGAGAUCGUAGACAGAAUCCUGGAAUUCAGGAAGGCUUCUGUGAUCGUUUUCUUCAGCCAUUUAUUCUCCACUUCAGACUACGACAUUUUGAGAGCUCUUCAGCAAGCAGAACCCGAUCAUUUAGAGCUGAAGCUCGUGUCCAGUGACGGCUUUGGGCACGCCCCGACCCUUUUCAGUUUGGGCCUUGCAAAUCUGACGGAAGGAAGCUUCACCAUACGUAACUAUUUCAAGGAAGUGCCCGGAUUUGUAAACUACUUCCGGGAAGUCCAAGAAGGUGAAAAUGCUCGGGAUCGGAGUCCAUGGUUUCAAACUGAAAUUGAAGUGUGUAAAAGAAAAAAUACCUGUCCUCUAACAACCCAAGGUGACAAACAUUAUGUAGUGGAUGCCGUGUACGCGUUUGCAUUGGCCCUCAAUGAAAUUCUGCAAGGAGAUUGCGAAGGGAGUGUCUAUUGCCUCACCAACGGUACGGUCACCGGGGCAGGUCUGGCAUCCCGUCUGAAGGGCAUCCGAUUUCAUGGUGUGGACGGUAUGUUUCAAUUCGACAAGAACGGUGACCCGGUGGGAAAGUACACCGUGGAGAGCCUCCAUUAUUUGGACGGCAAGUAUUCGGGCAUUGAAAUCGGGGACUGGGACUCCCGGGCAAUGGCUGGGGACAGGCUACAUAUUCAUGCGAGAAGCCUUCCGUGGGGCGACGGUGACGUCUCACCGCCAAGGUCCGUCUGCCGGGAGGAAUGCCGCCCGGGCUACAAAGUCGUUCCCCUGGAGGAGAAAUGCUGCUACGGUUGCCAGAGAUGCCCGGAGAACGCAGUGGUGGAAGGCGACUCUAGAUGCGUUGAGUGUGGCGUGUACCAGUGGCCGUCGGAAGACUUUACCGUCUGUCAGAUGAUAGUCCCGUCCUUUGUGGACUGGCAGAAUGCGUUGACGCUCUUCGUGCUCGUCUUGUCCUGCACGGGUGUGGCCCUCACUGUCUUGACAGCCAGUGGUAUGCUGCACUACCGCCGGCACCCGUUAAUCAAAGCCACCAGCCGGGAGCUGAGCAUGGUCAACAUAGUCGGUCUCCUGGCGACUUACCUGUCUCCAUUCCUGAUCCUGGCCCACCCGACCACGGUCUCCUGCUUCAUGUCAGAGACGCUGAUAGCGCUCUGCCUGACGCUCACCUUCGCCCCGACCAUGCUCAAGGUCAACCGCAUUUACCGGAUCUUUCAGGCGGGCAAGAGGUCCACCAGGCGUCCUAAGUUCGUCGGGCCGCGAGAUCAGCUGAUUAUUGCCUCCAUCCUGACCUUCAUGCAGUUUCUUAUCAGCAUUUUCUCCGUCAUAUGGGCGCCCUCUCUGCCGAGACUUUUUCAGCAGUCUAAGUACGACAACCACGUGGAGAUCUUCUGUGAGUUCGGCCGAGGGUUCUUGGCCUCGUGUGUCUACAACCUGCUGCUUAUCCUAGCCUGCUGUUACUACGCCUUCAAGACCCGCAAGGUGCCCAGCAACUACAACGAGUCCAAGUUCAUCGCGGUCAGCGUCUACUCCACGCUGGUGCUGUGCCUGGCCGCCGUGCCCGUCUACACCACGGCCGUGGCGGUCUUGCAGAAGGUGGCCACUCUCUGCGUGGCGCUGCUGCUUAAUGCCUACCUGACACUGGUCUGCGUUUACCUGCCCAAGCUCUAUGCCGCCCGCUUCGUGGAGGAUUUGGAGGUGUCUGAUUGGCGUAGCCGCCCGGAGGGCAUCGCCCCAAACCUUGCUAGCUCUUUAGGAAACAGUUCGGGCUCUUGGGGACUCCGACGCGUGAAGGUCCUCCCCGCUCCCAGCACUAUCGAGACCAACAAUGGCCCCCUCUAG